AUGCCGUUCCAGGUGAGCGGCACAAAGAAGGGCGGGAUGCCCGUCACCGUCGAGAAGCGGCCGAAAGGCAAGGUGGCGACAGUCAUCGGCAACGUUCGGGGCGAUAAGGCGGAGCUUUUGGCGAUGGUGAAGGCUGCGGUGGGCGCGGGAGGCUCCGUCGCCGGUCACGAUAGCGUCGAGAUUCAGGGCGAUCACGCCGCGAAGAUCCAGCAGCUGCUGCUCAGGCACCAGGACCGGACCGGGCACGCCACCAUGAAGGGCGUCGCCGGCCUGAAGCCGAAGCCCGAAAAGCCGGAGCCACGGGAGGAAGAAUCGCGGGCUCGGAGAGAGGAGAAGGUGAGGUCCGCGGAGGUACUCGCGCAGCAGAAACAGCGCCGCGUCGAGGCCAGGCAGAGGGCGGUGAGAGAGGCGGUGAACGCCAAGGUUGAGUCCACGCGCCACUUCCACGUGUACGCCAACAUGAUGAAGACGUGGCGAUACUGGGAUCAAAACUGGGACGCGCUGCGAGAGAUGCACGACAGACACGUCCGGGAUCUCGACGAGGCUGCGCGAGCGGGACGGGGCCGGGGGAUCACGAGCAUCCUCGACGCCGAGGUCGACGAGCCCGCACCCGGUCGACGACGCGGCGAGGUGCUCGAGGCGAUCGACCGGGGACUCGCCGCGCUCGGCGGCGCGGCGGCGCCAGAGUCUGCGACGAGGUCGCCGCCGCCGCACCACGACCAGAGAGCCGCGCUCAUGGCGCUGGGCAUGAUCGCGGCGCCGUCGCCGUUCAGGCAGUCGCGUCAGGAGCGGCUCGCCGAGGCGAAGAGGCGGCAGGCGGCGGCGAAAGAGGCGGCGAAGAACGCGCCUCCAGUCGCGGCGGCGGCGAAGGAGGCGACGAGGGCGCCCGCGUUUGAUCCGGCGCUGGCCGCGCUUCGAGCCUUUGGGGACUACCCCGACCGUUCGCGUCCGGCGGCGUCGGCGUCGGCGAGGUCGAGGCCGCCUCCCGUGAGACCCGGGGCGACGAGGCCGCCGCCUUCGCGGGUCCCCCGCGGCGGGGCGGGUCGCGGCGGGGCAGUCGGUACUCGUCGAAGGGGGCACGGGAAGGGGGACCCGAAGAGGUCGUCGCUCGGGUACACGGGCGCGCGCAAGGGAACCGGCGGAGGCGUUUACGGCGGGGACGUUGAAGAGGAUCGCGACGUUGCGUUCGAUGACGAUGAAUCGGAGGAGGAGGAGGAGGAGGAGGAGGAUCACGAUUACUUGUACGCCGGCGGCGGCGACACUCGGGGAUGGGAGGCUUCGCCCAGUGGAGGUUUCUCAUUCGGACCGAUCGCCGGCGCGGAAAACUCGCCGUCCUGGCAGCACCUUUCGCGCGGAGACGAAGCGGAAAUGGACCAGGAAGAGGCUGACCUGCGCGAAGCUCUGCGACGUAGCCUCCUCGAGGCGGAGUCCGAGCCGACCCGCCGCGUGGGCUUACACGUCGAAUGCGGCGACCUCUGGGGAGAGCUCACGGAAGAGGAGGCGUUCGAGCUCGCGAAGCGGCUCAGCGAGGAGCAGGAGAAGCUCGACCGCGCCUCGCGCGCGGAGUUUGAGUCGUUCGAUGAACCCGCGCGUUGCGGUUUAGGGUUUCGUGAUCGUGAUUCGGAGGCUCGAGAUCCGCGCGAUCGACUCGCGGAGCUCUGCGGUUUCGACGCGGAUGAUGAAGCCGCCGUCGGUCUGGCCGAUCUCGUGUCGUCCAUGGACACGCUGGAGGAGGCUGCGGAUCUCGUCGCGGCGACGGCGGGGUGUGAUCGAGGGGAGGCGGAGGAGGUCGCGGCGGCGCUGCGUGAUGACGGUGACGAGCCCGAGACGGAGGAGCCAGAGAUUGAGGAGUCCUCGCCGGCGGACGAUGACGACGCGGCUGGGUUCAUGCCGAAGUGCAUGGAUGAAGACGCCGCGCUCGCCGAGGCGCUCCGUCUGAGCAAGCUAGACGCUGAAACGAGGGUUGCUGCACCGGCGUUCACGGACUCCGCGCCGGCGCUGAGCGGAGACUUGUUGGGGUGGGCUGAUGCGCAACUCUCCAUGUUCACGGGUGAAGAGGACAACGCCUUUCUGGCCGAGUACGUCUGCGACAUGGAGACAGCCGCAGAGAUUGAGGAGUUCCUUCGCGAGAGUUUUCCGAGCGAGGAAUCCAGCGCCGCGGCAUCGUUCGCGCGCGCGUUGGUGCUCAUGCGUAGCUAG